AUGGAUUCAAAAUUUAUAAUUUGUCAAUGUCCAAAAUAUAUUCAAAAAAACUCAGAUAGUAUUAAAGUUACUAAACGAACUAAGCUAAAACAUCAAAAAUACUUUAUUAAAGUUGAUAAUAUUUUUCAACUUAAUUCAGUUGAAUCAAAUAAUUAUAUUCAUAAAAUGAUAGCAACAGAAAAAACUUCAGAAAAUAUUCAAGCUCAGUUAAAUACUCAUAUACAACUAAAUACAAGUAUUGAAAAUAGUGAAAGUUUUAAUAAUUUGCAAAAUGAAUCAGAUAUAAAUAUUGAAAAUAAUAGUUUAGAAAAUAUGAAAAUUACAAUAGAUGAAAAUUUAGAAAUUAGUGAUAUUGAAAAUUAUCAAUAUCAAGAUAAUUAUAGUGAUAAAAAUAAUCAAUAUGAUGUUAAAUAUGAUAAUAAAAAUUAUCAAUAUGAUAAUGAAAAUUAUCAAUAUAAUAAUGAAUAUGAUGAUCAAUUGGAAGAGAAUGCUAUAAAUUAUGUAAAUAAAAUGCUAAUAACUGAAAAUGAUUUUUCUGAAGAUAAAUUUUCCGAAGAUUUAUUAGAUGAAAAUGAAAUUUAUAAUCAAAUAAAUUGGGAUUCUAAUUAUUUAAUACUAGAAAUUAUACAAGCUUUGCAAUUAUUAUAUUUAAAAAUAGAAAAUCCAGCUGUUUCAAAUAAUUUUUAUGAAAAAACAAAAGUUGAAAUGUGUAUAAAUUCUUGUCAAGCCUUUACUGAAGAAUUUAUUGAAGAUACAAGCUAUAAAAUUUGUGGUGAAUCACAAUAUGAUAGCAAAAAAAAUCCAAGAAAAUUUGCUAUUUACUUUCCAUUAAUCUCACGGUUAUGA